CCCGCCCGCGGGCGCCAGAACGCUCGCCCGUCACACACAUCGUCGACGCGACGCGUUUAUAAAUAGCAAAACCGUAUGAUUAUAGGCUAGCCCAGCCCACAAAGUUAGCGACGCGCAAGGGGAAGGAAGGACGGACGGAGAACGGGCGCGCCAGCGCGAGACGGCGACGACGCUGGGAGGAGCGCGCGACAGCCAGCCAGCGGUCUGCCUUGCCAGCGACGGAAGGUAGGAGAGAGAGAAAACGAGGGCGCCCCCCGGCCACGACCCGGAGGCGUGACCGGCUCUUCUCCGACUCGUCCUCUUCCUCUUCCUCUUCCUGCGGGGAGGCAAGGGGGGGAGGAGGGGGAGGGGGGAGGCGCGGCGCCCACCGCCCGCCGCCCGCUUCGCGGCUCGUUGACGGGGCGCGAUGGCGAGGUUCAUCCUGGGCCUGGUGGAGCUCGGGGUCAGCGCAGCCGUGCACCUGCUCUUCGGCUUCUACGUCUUCAGCACGGCCGUCGCGGCGGACAUCUCGCAGGCCGCCGCCGCGUCCGGGUGCCCGCUGCUGCGCCGCCCGCCCCCGGCCGCGGGGCUCGUCGACGUCGCCGCCGCGGCCGAGGAGGACGACCGCAGGGGCGUCGUGCUCGACGGCUCGCCGCCGCCCAUCGUCCUCGUCCACGGCAUAUUCGGCUUCGGCAAGGGGAGGCUCGGCGGGAUGUCCUACUUCGCCGGCGCCGAGAAGAAGGACGACCGCGUGCUCGUGCCGGAUUUGGGGUCGCUCACCAGCAUCCAUGACAGGGCGCGGGAGCUGUUCUACUACCUCAAGGGGGGACAGGUGGACUACGGCGUGGAGCACAGCCAGGUUUAUGGCCACACGCGCUUCGGGAGGAUCUAUGACACCGGGCAUUAUCCGGUGUGGGACGAGCAGAACCCGGUGCACUUUGUGGGGCACUCGGCCGGCGCGCAGGUUGUGAGGGUGCUGCAUCAGAUGCUCGCUGAGAAGGCUUUCCCUGGGCAUGAUACUUCUGAAGACUGGGUUCUGAGCCUUACUUCCUUGUCAGGCGCGCUUAAUGGAACCACACGGACUUACUACGACGGCAUGCUGGCUGAAGAUGGGAGAUCCAUGAAAUCGAUUUGUCUUCUUCAGCUCUGCCGGCUUGGAGUCAUUGUCUAUGAUUGGCUGGACAUUCCUUGGCUGAAGAAUUACUACAAUUUCGGUUUUGAUCACUUUGAAAUGUCAUGGAGGAAAGUUGGUUUUUCUGGUUUAGUUGAUCUCCUGCUAGGGAAUACUGGGCCGUUUUCCUCGGGAGACUGGAUUCUCCCUGACCUCACAAUUCAAGGAUCUCUAAAAAUUAACUCUACCAUCAAGACCUUUCCCAAUACAUUCUACUUCAGUUAUGCUACAAAGAGAACUAGGAAGCUAUUUGGAAUUACAGUACCAUCAAGCGUCCUUGGAGUUCACCCCAUGCUCUUUCUCAGAGUUCUCCAGAUGUGUAUGUGGCGGCACCCUCAAAACGCACCUCUACCUUACAAAGGAUACAGGGAUGAAGAUUGGGAAGAUAAUGAUGGGGCUUUGAACACAAUCUCCAUGACGCACCCUCGCAUUCCCAUAGAGCAUCCUAACCGUUUGGUAGUGGAUGAUUCUGACUGCAAUCCUUUGCAACCUGGGAUAUGGUAUCACAAGAUCAUUGAGGGUGAUCACAUUCUUUUCAUUGUAAAUCGGGAAAGAGCUGGAGUGCAGUUUGAUUUGCUGUAUGAUGGCAUUUUCGAGCGCUGCAGAAAGCAUGCAUUUAGGAAGAGCCCCCCUACCAUGCCAAACGAAGCAAGUCAAUAGAAGAUUAAACUAAGCAUUCUAGGUAGUAGUGAGGAAGAAACAAGGUGGCCAUGGAGCUUUUUUCGCUUCUCUUCAUCUCCGGCCUCCAUGCACUUGGAUGUAACUUCAACAUUGUAAACUGUAAAUUAAUUUGUCCAUUUGAGCAAAUGGCACGCUUGAUACCGCCGGUUCUUGGAAGGAGGGGUUUUGCAACUUGCUUUUCGCUGCCCUUACAGCACAAUGCAAGGAAGGAAGCUUGUAAUUUAGCAGAAGGUUACAGAUGAAUACCAGCAUUUAUCUAUGACCUUAAUGGGGCUUGUACAUAUUAAGGAUUGCAUCCAUGGAGCUACUUUGUAUGUUGGCAAUGGUUUUGACGGAAGAGCUGGUCUAUGAUUGCGCUGUU